CGUGAGACGAGAGAGAAUGGCUGUCAGUGAGCGACUUCUCCCAGUGCUAAUCUGGAUUCUAGUGGCGCAACAGUGUAAUGGCGAUCUUGAUCCUGUCAGUAGCACAUUGGAAGAAGGCUUAGCCGCGAACGUGCUUAUGCCCAACGAGCGCGAAUCUUUGGAUGAUUGCCAUUUGCGAUUCUACCACCGAGGCGAAAGUGGUAUCGUAGGACCAGCCUUCGCCAAACCGGCUUUCCUCACCGAGUUCGCGCAUAUCGCCGCGAUCGGUUGGACGCGGCCGGAUGGGCAGAUCGAUUGGAGUUGCGGUGGAUCGUUGAUAUGGAACAAUUUCAUCCUGACCGCUGCCCACUGUGCCUCCAAUGAUGAUAACAUCGCGCCCGAUGUGGCCCGUAUGGGAGAUCUGAAUCUGUUCAGCGCCGAAGACGAUGCGCACGCCCAGCAGCUGAAGAUAGUUAAUAUUAUUCGCCAUCCGCUGCACGGUUUCAGUGCAAAGUACUACGACAUUGCGUUGAUGCAGCUCGAGCGAAACGUCACUGUCCACGAGACAGUUGCACCCUCGUGCCUUUGGUUAGACGAAGAGGUGCGCUUCCGGGAGCUCGAAUCGGCUGGCUGGGGACAAACGGGAUUCGCCGAGGAUCGAACACCGAUCCUAUUGAAGGUCACUUUGACUCCACUGGGGAACGAGACCUGUUCCGAACAUUACACAUCCUCCAAUGUGCGCGGAUUGCGAAAUGGGCUUAGUCAGCACCAGCUGUGUGCCGGUGACGCCAAGAUGGAUACCUGCCUGGGUGACUCGGGAGGACCGCUACAUGUGCGACUGCAGCACAACUUCAAGGUCACUCCGUUCCUCGUUGGUGUCACAUCGUUCGGUAAACCUUGCGGCCAAUCACACCCGGGCGUCUAUACCCGGGUGUCCUCGUUCCGUCGCUGGAUCAUCGAGACGCUGCAGUCGAACGGGGCUCCCGAAGUUACCGAUGAGCAGUUCGAACCGUACGCUUGUGCCCUGCGCUACGUACACAUCCGACAGCUAGCCGUGUCCCGGGUGGUGGCCAAUGAGAGCGGAGUGUUUGAAACGUUUGACCAUACGCGUGAGUACAUUACGCACGAUUUUGUGCGGGAAGCGGUGGAGCUACGGUGGCGCAAUGAGAGCGGCGCACCACGGAACUGUAUGGGUGUUAUCAUCGAUCACGAUACGGUCGUUACGCUCGGUGAUUGUGCUUCCCACCAUGGUGUGCCUCCGAAGCAGGUUAUUCAUCGAAUCCGAACCGGUUACGUGGCCGAUGCGUUUGACGAGCGUGCGUACGAGGUGAAGCAAGUGGUGAUCCACCCGAACCACACCGUCGGUUCCUAUUAUGACAAUAUAGCUGUGGUCAAAAUUGCCGGAGAGUUCGGUAUUCUACCGGCCUGCAUCUGGAACGCUCUUCGGUUGCCGAAUCGAGAGAUGGAAAUAACGACCGUGGGACGUAGGGAUUUGACUAAAUAUCAGUACGAAUCCGUCACAGAAUAUGAUGCAAGCCAAGUGCGACUCGUUCCACGUGUUUACGGCUUCGAGAAUGACAACUGUAGGCUGGCCGAUCAAUACCGCCGUAACCUGAGCCGAGGUUUGCAGGAAGAGCACCUGUGCUUCGGUAACGAUCCGUUUCUGGUGCCACAAACCUGUGACCUUACCAACGGUGGCCCUCUGCAACGAUCGCUGUUUCGACUUCAUCGUCAUUUUAAGCACGUCUACGGACUUAGCCUGUUUGGGCGAGAUUGUGGAUACGGUGAGCCGGCGGUGGCUGUCCGGUUGCAUCCGCAUCUGGACUGGCUAGAAUCGGUGUUACUACCAAAACCGCGCAAUCAGACCGAUGAGGCCGACGCCAAAAUGUUGGACUCGAUUGUGUUCAUCGAUAGUGAGCUGGAGCUGCUGGAUCGGUGUGACUUCCACGAUGGAUCCGCUGGCCUGUGUGUACCGGCGGAACGGUGCCGCGGUGUUUACGAUCGGAUGCAGCGCAAUGAGCCGCCCAUCUUCUGCACCAACGCAUCGAUCAUAUGCUGCGCGCCACGCAAUGUUCUGGACGAUUCGGAUUUGCGGUACGGGGUGCGUGAGAUCGAAGACUGCCCAACGAACUAUGGCGAUCUACGGGAUCAUCUCGCUGCCCUACCCACCGAGGAACGGCCAAAGACACACAUCGCGGAAAUUGGUUGGUUCGAUAGAAAGACGGCUAAGGGAUCAAUCCUCUGCUUUGGCUAUCUGAUCACAACGAGCGCUGUACUGACGACGGCCGAGUGCGUAACCAUCCGUAACCUCGAACCCAAUAUUGUGCGUCUGGGAGCAAUCUUUGGACAGUUCGAAGACUCGGUGAAGAUAUCGACGAUCGACGAGAUCAUCGCGCACCCUCGUUAUGAGGAACGCACCAAAGCCAACAACAUAGCGCUGCUCAAGCUGACCGACUACAUGCGACCAACGAAGGCCGUGUUCCCCGGGUGUCUCUGGACAAACGGAACACACACACCCCUCGAAUCGUCUUUCUUCUCGAAAGACGCUUCACAAGUGCUCGAAGGGAUUGUACACCCCCAGUAUGAGGCCGAUUGCGAGCGGGCGCUCGGUAGCCCGUUAGGCGAUGGACAAAUGUGCAUGAUAGCAACGGACGAAACGGUGUGCGGUAACUCAGGAGAUCCGGUAUUUUGGAGCGAGAAAACCGGGGACGGAUCGGCAUCGGUAGAGUAUUUGGUUGGCCUCUACAGUCACGCGAACUGCACGCAGGGAAUCCCGGGUGUCAUGGUUCGCGUAUCAGCCUAUCGAAAGUGGAUCCUGGAUGUUUUGUAAGUUGAAUAGAAGCUAUAGUGGUUGAAUAUUUUUCGGGAUAAAUAAAUAAAUUUCUA